AUGCAUUCUACACUAGCAUCUCUCCUCACUUUCAAGCUAUCCAUAUUCAUAAUCCUAACACUUCAACCACUACCAGUCCUUUCCCUCACUCCCUGCAGAACCUCCUGUGGCAGCAUUGCCAUAAACUACCCAUUUGGCAUCGACGAUGGGUGCGGAGCUCCGCAGUUUCGGCACAUGCUGAACUGCAGCACUGACUUGUUCUUUUUAACCCCUUCAGGUGGCUACAAGGUCCAGCACAUAGAUUAUGAAAAGAAAACAAUGACAAUAUACGAUCCUGCUAUGUCAACAUGCUCCAUUCUACAACCCCACCAUGAUUUUAUCAUGUCAGAAAUUCAAUCUGUCACUAUCCCUCCAACGCCAGACACUGUUUUUGCUCUUCUUAAUUGCUCUAUUGACUCUCCAGUACUUAACCAUUACAAAAAUCUUUGUUUCAACUUCUCUGGCCACUCUUGUGAUGAGUUCUAUAGCGCGUGCAAUGCUUUUAGAGUUUUCCAUUUGUUAACUAACAGUUCUCCACCUUGUUGUUUUACUGGGUAUGAUACAGUGAAGUUUAUGAGCAUGAAUAUUUUGGACUGCACGCAUUAUACUACUGUGAUUAAUACUGAUAAUUUGAGGGGAAUUGGACCUUUGGAUUGGGUUUAUGGGAUCAAACUUUCUUUCAGUGUGCCUGAAACUGGUUGUGAAAGGUGCUCACAGUCUGGUGGGACUUGCGGGUACGAUACUGAGACUGAAGGGAUGUUGUGUCUGUGCUCGAGCUCCACUAAUUAUACCAGAGAAUGCGCUGGAGGCAGUCUUAGAGCAGGUGAUCAUAGAAGCAGCCAUUCCCCGUGGACAUUCUUCCAUGUAGCAAUUUUGCUUGUUUUGAGUUCAUUGCUAAUGGUUUAA